ACAAUAGAUGGCGGAAGAGGAUUACCUCCACUCGAAGGCCGAUUACAUCAGCUGACUGAGGGGAAUAGAGUCGAGAAUAUAAGAUGAUGAUACGUUAAGGAAGUACGCCGCAAAAGUUCGGAAAUGGAGAAACCGGAUAGCACUUGGGCUUGGGUCGUUGUCAUAGCUGCAGCAUGUAUACGGAUCAUUGUGUAUGGCAACUCGUACACUUCCGGUAUUGUGUAUUACGUCAUACUUGAUGUGUUCGGAAAGAGUAGGGCUGAAACGUCAUGGGUUGCGUCUGUGAUAACAGCAGCUACGUUUGCAACAUGUCCUGUAUCAGGAAUAUUGGUGAAUCGCUUUGGUAUGAGGAAAGUGGCACUUGCCGGUGGCAUCGUGGCAUCCUCUGGUCUCAUGGCGAGUUCCUUUGCCACAAGUCUGCCUGUCUUGACUUUGUGUUACGGCGUCGUUACAGGAGUUGGAUGCGGACUUACAUUUAUACCAGGUAGUGUUGCAGUCGCCAGAUACUUCACCAAACGGAGGAAUAUCGCCAUGGGUUUUGCAUCAGCAGGAGGUGGAAUUGGAUCAUUUGCAUUUCCACCAAUCAUCAACUACCUUAAUGAGAAAUAUUUAUGGAGGGGCAUGUUUAUGAUUUUAUCUGGGAUCUCAUUAAAUAUGUGUGUAUUUGCCUUACUGUAUCGACCUGUGACGUCACCUAACAACAACGACGAUGAGGUAUCAGACCAUGAGCAGCCAAUCACAGAAAAGAAGGAAACGCAAAGAAAGAAAAAUGACUGGGCAUUUUUGAAAUUAAUCGAUUUCUAUAUUCUUGGUCUGAAUAAUAUAUUGUAUCAAUUGGGUGCAACAAUUGUAUAUGGACAUUUAGGGGCGUGUGUUAUACGUCAGUUCAAGUUUGAUAAAGUAUUUGCCUCAAUGCUGUAUUCUGUUAUCGGAAUAACAAUUAUGAUUUUUAAAGUUUGCCAAGGAUUCGUCAUCCAAUAUCCAAGAUGGAAAAUAUUCCGGCCAUAUCAGCAGUAUAUACUGUGGUACACAAUUGGCGGCUUGUCGGUCUUCAUAUUUCUCAUUAAAGACUUAACCCAUGCAGGACUUGUUGUAUUUUCCCUGCUAUUCGGAGCAAGCUAUGCCUCCUGUGGGGGUUCGCUUAUACCAGCCAUUCUGAUAGACUUGUCAGGCGUAGACCAAUUCACAUUGGCGUAUGGAAUUAUCCUCUUCGGACAAGCUCUUGGGAUGCUUUUCGGCCCGUUUUUAGCAGGUUUACUGUUUGAUUCAUUGAGAGCAUAUGAUGCUGCGUUUGUUUUGGCGGGAGUGUUGAUGAUAAUCAGCGCCGGUAUCAUGAUCUUCCCCUGUCGGAGCUAUAAAGUGGCAGAAACAAAGUCAGACGUUACCUAUGUUGUCACAUAUGAUCGGGAGCCAGCUGAUGUGGAGGCUGCCGGAAAUGAUGGACAAACUGAAACUAUUGGAAAAGACAACGGGCAAAUCAGUACUCCAACAGGUGUGGUAACCGACAGAGAAGUGGUAGAGGCAGCAAACCUUAUCGAGUCUGCAGCGUAACAUUUAAAUCAAUGUUGAAAGAAUAAGCUCAAUCAUUAUUAUAGGUUGAACCUGCUGUAAUUGUUAUUCCGUUCUGUUCAAAUUUCACAGUAACUAACAUGUAUAAUUCAUUAUGAGCACUCUGCACUUUAGCUUUUCUCGCAAAAAGGAAAAUAACGAAAUCAAUUUGUAGAGUACCACAAGGAAACUGAAGUAUUAUAGUAAUACUAUAUUGUUUUUAUUCUAAACCCAAUUUUACAUAUGUUUUUUCCAUUAAUUUUUGAAAGUAGUUUUGCUUGAAAUACUAUUUUGCUUCUCGCAAGGUCAUAAAACUAAAACUUGAUAUUUAGGAAGUUAAACACGUAUCAAAACAUUUAGAAUUUACUUUGUUUUACGAAUGUCAUUACAAUUUAUUGAUGAUUUCUGUUACAUGGUACCUUAUUUGUACCUAGAUACGAUAUCAAUCAUGAAUACAAAUGAUUCUUACGUUUGCAUUGGUUACAAGUAUAUCUGUUGAAAAAUAUUUUGGCCUCAAUAUUGAAAAUUUUUUAACGUUGAUAUAUAUAUAUAGCGUUUAUGUGUCCGUUUCCUGUUUUGCUGCAAUAGAACAUACAUUGGAUCUAAUUUUAGUGUUUUAAUUAGAAAUUUACAUAUAAUCUGAACUCAGCAGGCAAUUCUUACGAAGAAUCAUGUUGUAUAUUACUUCAUACAUAGAGGAAAUUCUCAGUUCUUGAGGAGAAAGUGAUUUAUACCAUCAAUUUCUUAGUGUUAUCAAAAUUGUUAUAUUUCAAAUACGAUUGUUUAAUGUUAUGUAAAUCACUGGUGCUAUUUUUCAUAUCAUAUCAAAUCAUUUUCAUUCUAUGUUUCUAUUUGUGUCAUGUUUUGUUUCGUGCAACCAUUCCACUUUUUAAAUCUGAAGAAGCAUGCAGUUUUAUGACACAUUUGUACUUUCUCGAAAGCUAUGAACAGUUAUGAGGGAGCAAUUUCUUUGUUGGAGUCUUCAUUAUAUAUAGAUAAUCUUUUUUUUGUUUUUUCAAAAAUCUCAUUAAUUAUUAUCCAUUAUGGAUAAUAUAUCUUUAUUUCAUGAUUUCUGGUUUCAGGGAUUCUGUAAAGACGAUGCAAAGAGGCGAGGAGUUAGUAUCAUAGAUGCAUAUAUUAAUGCCAUUCAUUAGGAAAAUAGUACGUAUCAUACGUACGUGAAAUAAGUAUUUUGUCCACGUUUGAAAUGUAUUUCACAAUAUAAUUGCACCUGCAAAUUGAAUCAAGUUGUGAAAAGUCCGUUAGAAUAACUUCCAUAAUUAUCACACAUGUGAAGAGCAUCUGAUCUCCUGCUACUCUAAUAUAUUGAUAUCAGCUAGUAUUCCUUAACGUGACGUCAUUUCAAAUAUGAAGCAUGACCCCUACUUUCCACUCCUGAAUAUGAUAGGCAGUUGAUUCUCUGCCAAUAAACUAUUAAGAAACAAACUUUCUUUGAAGCUGCUAUGUAUUGCUUUAAUUCCAUAGUUUGUCUUUCGGUGAUCAAAUAUUUUGCUACUCUUUCCCAAAAUAGGUUCCUUGUUAUUGUUAACGAAGAACGAAUCGUUUCUGACCCAGUUGCUACCAUGCGUAAAAAAUGAGAAAAUUAAAAUAUGAAAGGCAUGACUAUCAUUUGUUUUAAUGUUGAAGCGUAUAUGUUAUGUGAAGCAUAUCAAUGUUUUUCUCCUCAAUCAGUUCUUCUGUUUUGACUGUGCUUUUAAUGGGACGGGGUUCAACUCGUACGGCGUUAGGUCGGACCUGUAAGCAGGGUCCCAAAGCAACUGUUUUGUUUUAAUUUAAUUUGUAUGUAUAUUUGUUUAUAGAAACAAACCUUCCAUUUCUUACUUAAUUGUCGUGAUAGUCUUUACCUGUAUUCCUGUAAUUUGACCUAUUGCUUUGUGUCGUAAAACCUUUCAUCUUAAAAAAGUGAUAUUAUAGACUUAUAUCAUCUUCAGGUUGACAUUAAAAACAUGUUUUUUAUUAAUUGUGAACGAAAAUAUCACAUGAUAAAAUGUAUUUUUCUUUUCUAACUAGAUUUCUGAAUCUCGUACGAAAUGGAAAACCAUAAAUAAGUGGUAAUUGUGAAAAAAAGGUUUUUACUUAAGAAAGUAACCAUUUUCGGUUCGCUAUAAGGGCCACUCUUGCUCAAUAUGUUUUAUAUUUUCUACUUUAUCACACAUUUGACUGUAUUUAAUUCUGAAAUUGCAUGUUUCCGUGGCAGUAUAAAUAUACGUCGUUAACGGUGUUUUACAUCUGAUAAAAUACAACAUCAUGCAUUUAAUUAAUAAUUGUUGUAUUGUUAUGACCACCAGUACUCAAACUGUACCGCUGCCAAACAGACCAAACGCUGAACAAUCUCAAUCUCCGAUUUUGGGGUAUUAACGGGUAAUUUUAUCAAGUCCACACCUAAAGGAUAUAUUUAAUAAUGAACAGAUAAGUUGGAGUAUUCCGGAAGUGCGAUGGGUCAACUAUAAAUAGAAAUACUGGGGAUAUUUUCGUUUCCAAAACAUUUAAUUAAGAGGACGUGAUAACAAAACAUUUACUUAAAAGGGCAGGAUGAUAAAUAAUUCAGGUGAUCUGCUGAUUGUUUAACUAAUUCAUUGUUAUUUCAACGAUGGUUAUAAGUAAAUGUAUUAACUCACAUUGAGUUAUUUUUACAUCAAACGUACUCGAUAUGCUGUCUUUUACAAAGAAGUUUAAUAUACAUUUGUUUAUUUAUAGAUUAUAUAUAUGUUUAGGAUGUUUACACUAGCAUAGCAAGUGUUUGAACGACAUGACGGUGUACUUCUUUUUUACAGAAGCAGCAAAUUUUAACUUCUUGUAUUCAUUGUAAAUUACAGACACUGUUUUGUAAAUGUGAACCGAAAAACUUAUAAUAAACCUUCGU